AUGUUUAUGAAGACUUGCACACCUGAGACAUUCCUCAUUAAAGAAAGUAUCAAUCAGAUGUAUAACACCAGCCACCAGCUAGACCUCAGCUUCCAGGAAAACUCUCCUAAAUCAAAAAAACGUCACUUCUGUCCCGAGUGUGACUUUGUAACAGACCGACACUACAGUCUGAAGAGACACAUGAUAAUGCACAACCAACAGUAUUUUGUAUGUAGUCUCUGUGGAGCAAGAUUCAACGAAAACUGCAAGCUGAGAAAACAUGUACAGAUAACACACAAGGACCUACCACCUAUCCAAACUACAACCACUCCACAGCAUUUCAACAGUGGGGCAGAACCAUUUAACGACCCAAACCUUAACUUGAUAUUGGACAAGAAUCAUUUGAAGGGAAAGAGGUUGUGGAGGACAGAGGCAAGGUUCAAAUGUGACCAAUGCAACUAUACAACCGAACACAAGUACAGGAUUAAACGCCAUCAACGGAUACACAAGGGAGACUACUUCAAAUGUGACCUAUGUAACAACAAGUUCACGGAGCUGUGUGAACUACGUGCUCAUCGACAGUCUCGACACGAAGGCAUCACUGUCAAAUGUGAAUUGUGUGGUCGGGAGUUUGCCUCCAAAUAUGCACUGUCGCAUCACCGCUCCAGCAUGCACCCGAACAAAUUUUACCGCUGUAAUCAUUGUGAUAAGUCAUUUGUGACCAUGGGCCAGUUCUACGACUAUUGCCGCCAAGUCGUAGAUGGGCAAGACAAGAAAACGGACCCCGUGUUUCCCAGAAUGCCAUAUACCGGAACACCUAACGUUUUCCAGUGUGACAGAUGCACGUACACAACCAACGUGAAGUACAGGAUGACGCGUCAUCAGAGAAUUCACAGUGGAGAUUACCUUAAGUGUGACUUGUGUUCAGCAAAGUUCACGGAACCGUGCGAACUCCGAGCCCAUCGCCUAUCUCGACAUGAAGGAAUAUCUGUUGCAUGUCCAGUGUGCGGGAAAUUAUUUCCUUCCAAACAUUCUUUGUCCAAUCAUCGAGCUCAGCAACACCCCAAGAAGACUUUCACGUGCACCUUCUGCAAGGACAGAUCAUUUGUGAAACUCGGAAAUCUGCAGCACCACAUCGACACAUUCCACAAAUCCUGA